UCGGGGCUCCGGGUGUCAGAAUGGAAACGCAGCUCGGUGCGCUCAGUCCUCCUCCUCUUCAUCCUCCUCCUCCUCAUCCUCUGACCGGACCGGUUCUGCUCUCCGGGACUCGGUGCCGCUGCUCGGCCUGAACAUGAGGACGUGUCUGGACUACGGGACGAACCGGGCCGGUGAAGCUGUGAAGAGGCUCCAAACCCCCUGAGAACCGGAAUACAGACCGGACCCUUGACCCCGCUGCUGUUUUUAAACUUCUCGGACCGGAACCGGCGGACGGAGAUGUAGAUCCGCUGCCGGACUGUGCGUCAGAGCGGAGCCGUUACGCACGGAGCGGCUUCUGGCUCCGGUUCCCGUUUCUCUCCUGUGCUUUUUUUACUCAACUCGGUUCUUCCCGGACUCACGAUGAGCCGCCGCCUCCUCGCGCUGCUCCUGGCCGCCGCCUGCCUCCUCCCGUCCGCGCGCUGCGCCGCCGCGCCCGGAACCGACGCGUCCCGGGACACCUGCGCGUCCUGCGGCGGAGCGCAGAGGGACCCGGAGGAACCGGAGUCCCGGCUGAGCGGAGACUUCCUGGAGGCGGUGAAGAGGCACAUCCUGAGCCGGCUGCAGAUGCGGGAGAGACCCAACAUCACGCACCCGCUGCCCAAGGCGGCCAUGGUGACCGCCCUGAGGAAGCUGCACGCCGGGAAGCUGCUGGAGGACGGACGGCUGGAGAUCCCGGAGCUGGACGGACACCCGACCGGAAACCAGGUCCUGGAGGAGAACUCCGAGAUCAUCAGCUUCGCAGAGAAAGACGACUUGGUGACGUCCAAGUCCAGCCUGUUCUUCCUGAUCUCCAGCGAGGGGAACCAGAACCUGGAGGUGGUCCAGGCCACCCUCUGGCUCUACUUCAAGCUGCUGCCCUCGGAGCUCCGCGGCCGGCGGAAGGUGACGGUGAAGGUGUACUACCAGGAGCCGGGUCUGGGCAGCCGCUGGAACCUGGUGGAGCGUCGGGUGGAGCUGAAGCGUAGCGGCUGGCACACCUUCGGCCUGACCGACGCCGUCCGGCUGGUGUUCCAGAAGGGCGACCGGCGCCAGAACCUGGACGUCCGCUGCGAGGGCUGCGAGGCGGAGGGCGUCCUGCCGGUCCUGCUGGGCCUCGGCGACGAGUCCCACCGGCCUUUCCUGGUGGUGCAGGCGAGGCAGGCCGAUGCCAAACACCGCAUCCGGAAGCGAGGGCUGGAGUGCGACGGCAGCAGCAGCCUGUGCUGCCGCCAGCAGUUCUACAUAGACUUCCGCCUCAUUGGCUGGAACGACUGGAUCAUCGCCCCGUCGGGGUACUUCGGGAACUACUGCGAAGGCAGCUGCCCCGCCUACAUGGCGGGCGUCCCCGGCUCGGCCUCGUCCUUCCACACGGCGGUGGUGAACCAGUACCGCAUGCGGGGGAUGAGUCCCGGAUCCAUGAACUCCUGCUGCAUCCCCACCAAGCUCAGCACCAUGUCCAUGCUCUACUUCGACGACGAGUACAACAUCGUGAAGCGCGACGUUCCCAACAUGAUCGUGGACGAGUGCGGCUGCGCCUGAGUUUUAUUUAAAGAACCCGACGGAUUCCCGACAUUAUAGAAUAUUUAUGGACGACGUAUCUACUCCCCAUCAUGUACGCCUGCACUCAGACCUGUACAUAUAUUUAUGUCUCUUCAUAUAGUUCCUUCUAUCUCCUGUGAUGAGAGGUUCCACUCUGGAGAACAAACCCAAAGUUCUUCACAAAGAUCUUGAGGUUUGCUAAAGUGUUUUUUGGAUCGAAACUCUUCAAACCCGACCUGGAAAAUGGAGGCCUGGGUCGGUCCAGUGACGCCUCCGGACAGAACAGUGGGUAAAAACGGUUUGAAACAAGCCGCCAACGUACAGCACUUCUGGCUCCGUCUAACAGGACCUUUGGUUCCACCAUAGAACCGGCAAACAUUCGGACGCAGAAACAAAUUCUCAGUUUCUUUCCAUCAUCUUCAUUGCUGGAGAAACACUGCAGCGCAUUUCUGAAAAGCUGGAAAUUCAACGUCAAUCGGCCAAAACUUUUUGCUAAAUCUUGUUUCUUUUUCUAAAUUUCCAAACCUGUUACCUAAAGGAUCCCAAUCAGGGAUCAACUCAAAUAAUUACUCAGAUUCUUGAUUCUACAACAGAAAUAUAAAUGUAUUCAAGAUUUUUGAUGUUGCAAAAACAGAAUUUUCAUUAGAAUUAAGGUACUUCAUAAAAUAAUAAACUGUAUAAACAAAGAGGCAAAUUGUUUACAAGAAAAAUAAAUAAAUUUUGAGCACAAUCUCUGAAAAAUUUCAAAUAAACUUCAGUUUCAAUUCAAGCUUCCAACAUGUAGAAUGAGAGUUAAAUUUGGAAAAUCAGGUGUCAGAAUAAAAAAAAAAAAAUCCUUUUAUUGUGUAAUUUCCAAACAGAAAAUACUGUUUUUCCCAUUAAACACCAAAAAUGAGUGGAAGACGGCCAUUUUGAAUUUUUUUGUUUUCAACCAAAAAACAAAAAAAGCAAGAAUUUUUUCCUGUUAACCUAAAUAGAACAAAGUCUAACACACCGCUCAUUUUGUGGUUUUCUGUAAUCAUAUAUGUAAUUUUUCCAUUCAGAUUUUUUAUUUAAAAUCAACAAGGAAAUGAACUUAAAAUGUGCCCAUUUUUGAUUUUUCCAUUGAAAAUUGUCAAUUUUUAUUAUUUUUUGUCAUUUUAAACCAGUAAAAACAACAAAACAGAAAAAAAACUACAGAAAAUGGACCCAUUUUUAGUUUUGAUUUCUCCAUUUUCAACAACCAGUGAAAACUUUUUUCCAUUUUGAACCAGCAAAAACAACAAAAUAGGAGAAAAAAAUCAACAGAAAAUGGACCCAAUUUAAUUUUUUUCAGUUUUAAAUCAAAAAUAAGAAAAAGAAAAAAAAAGGGAGAAAAGUGUCAUGAUUUAGUUUUUGGUUUAAAAUUUUAAAAAACACAUGAUUUCUGUUUCCAAACAAAAGCUGAGUUAAAACUAAAAUGAACUGUUUUUUUUUAUUGGCUUCUUAUCUUUACAUUCUGACAUUUUUUUUUUUUUACAUUUUUGGUUUUAAACAAACGACAUAAAUUUGCCUUUUGUCUGUUUUCAACCACAUUUAAGUUUGUUUUAUUUGAGUUGACUUUUGGGGAGAUCUUACAGUCUUUGUAUGAAAUCAAAGAAAUGCUAUUUUACGGUGUUUUAUCAGCACAUGAAGAUGGUGGAAAGAAUCAGGAAAAGAAUCAUCGACAUCUUUCUGUCAUGUUUGGACAUUUGCUUUUCUUCAGCUUCUCCUCAAAGGGGAAGAUUUGAACGCUGAAAACAUAUUUAAUGCAUCUCUAACUUAAGAGUGAAACUUUGACAGUAGCACUUGCAGAUUGAAAAUGCCUUUAAUGAGCCCUGAGUGGCACCACUGCCCACGGUCCUUCGAGAAACUAAUAAGUGCCGCAUGAGCUAUGCAAUGUAUAGAAUUUACCCGUUUAUCAGACAGAACUGAGGCUCUAGUGACAAACUAUCAUUUAUACUUGAACAAUGGAAGCGUGGCGAGAGGCGACGGUCGAGCUUCAGGCAGGAGGAUCAGAUGAAACAAAGUUAUGUGUCUUUAAAAGGUCAAAACAUACAUUUAAAAUGUAAAAACAACUGCAGGUCAUUUGAUAGAUCUGUGACAAUGUCUAAAAAUCCUCCCUCUGUUUGGUCGCUAUUGACUUUUUCAUCAUUUAAAACUUAUCUAACCUUAAAAACUGACUGUUUAACAGGUAUAGAUUCAUUCUUUAAAGCUACUUAUGGAUAAAUACAAAUAAAGUUUAUAUUUAAACUAAUUUUUCCAUCAAACAAACCAACUGAUCUUCUCGUCCGUUAUGAUUUUUCUGUACAAAAACAUGUUUACUGGGUAAUUUUGACAGCUAACAUGAAUAAAUCAUUGUUUUAAGAGAUGAAAGGUCAAAAAAAGUUGUGAAAAGUGACAAUAUUCUUAAUCCGGAGACUCAAAAGUUUUUUGUUGCAACGUCACACAAGACAAAAAAAACUGCAGGACAUUUGAGAAAUCUGUGACAACAUCUAAAAAUCCUCCCUUGGUUUGGUUGCUAUUGACUUUUUCAUCAUUUAAAACGUAUCUAACCUUAAAAUUGGCUGUUUAACAGGUAUACAUUCAUUCUUUAAAGCUAUUUAAGCAUAAAUAAGCUCAAAAUUGAUAUUUAAACUAGUUUUUCCAUCAAACAAACAAACCAAUAUUCUCGUCUAGUAUGAUUUUUCGAUACAAAAACAUGCUUACUGGAUAAUUUUGCACAUGUAACAUGUGCAAACCUUGUUUUAAGGAAUUAAAAACCGGAAAAGUUUGGCAAAUUGAUAAUAUUAUCAAUCCAGAGACUCAGAAAUUUUCAGUUUCCCUGUCAUACAAGAGAAAAAAAACUGCACGAUAUUUGGUAAAUCUGUGACAUCUAAAAAUCCUCCCUCAGUUUAGUCGCUAUUGACUUUUUCAUUAUUUAACCUAGAAAAAUGGCUGUUUCACAGAUACAGUUUCUUUCUUUUAAGACAUUUAUGCUUCAAUAAGAAUAAAAUUAACAUUUAAACUAGCUUUUCAACCAAACAAACCAACAAUGUUCUCAUUUACUCUGAUUUUUCUAUGUAAAAAAUACAUACACUUGGUCAUUUUCUGAUGCAUAAAUGCAAUAAAUCUUAGUUUUAAGAGACAAAAGGCCUAGAAAGUUGUCAAAAUAGACAAUAUUCUAAAUCUCAAGAAACAAAAGUUGCAAUGUCACAAAAGAGACAAAUCUGUGACAACAUCUAAAAAUCCUCCCUCGGUUUGGUCGCUAUUGACUUUCCCAUCAUUUAAAACAUAUUUAACCUUAAAAACUGGCUGUGCUAACAGUUAUAGAUUCAUUCUUUAGAGCUAUUUAUGUGUCAAUUAGAGUAAAAUUGAUAUUUAAACAGUUUUUCCAAUCAACCGAUAUUCUCAUUUCUUAUGAUUUUUCUAUGUAAAAAUACAUAUUCUUGGUCACUUUCCUAUGUAUAAAUGCUAUAAAUCUUAGUUUUAAAGGCUGAAAAGCAAGAGAAUCAAAAGUUUCGGCUUCAAUGUCACACAAGACGACCAAGUUAUUACGUUGGCCCCCGGAGACGUUUUUUUUUUCCUCAGAUUUUCUCCUCUUUUAUCCUAGAAAAGUUUUCCUGCGGUGGCUGAAAUGUGAAAAGAGGCUAACUGGGGCUAACUUUGACCCAAAUGCGACGCCUGAAUAGUGAUUUUUAAAUGAAUCCGUCCCAGCGGAGUUCCUGCCGCGGCCCGCUAACACACUUUGAGACACACUUUCGGGCCUCGGUAUUUUCAGAAUAAGAGCUUCCCAUCGCUCCGAGGGUUUCACCUGCCCGUCGCUCGACCCCGACCUCGCCCAGACCUGGUUAGAAUAUUUGCACUGAGAACUAGAAAUGGGAAAAUGAACAGAAACUGCCAUGGAAAUGAGAUAAAAAGUUAUUUUUGUAGAAUUAAAUUGAGCUCAGACGUGUUAACGAUGGAACCAAAGAGGCCACGAGGUUUAAGAGGCCUAAACACUGUAUCAGGGUCCACAAUCAGCUUCAUCUCUUUUCUAUUUUGUACCUAGACAUGGAAGAUUUCAUAUUUUUUCAUCAGAUGACUUAAAUAUUCCUAGAGUUCCUCCUUGUUUUAUUCGUUAGCUUCAUGUAGCGACACCAUGCGCCCCCCUGUACAGUCCAUGUAACAAACCAAUCUAUGCUUUUUCAACUAUUUUGUUCUUUGUAAUUGAUGGAAAAUAAAUUUCUUAUUACCGAUUUUAUGGA